AUGAGUAACCUAAAACUUGGUGUUGAAGUCAUAAGCGCAAGGCUCGGAGAAGGUGCUAACUCCUUUGUGGAGCUACGAUUCGACGAUCAGAAAGUCAAAACCUCGACAAAGCUCGAAGAUUCGUGUCCUGUUUGGAACGAGAAGUUCUUCUUCAACAUCUCCAAUACAGAGGAUCUAUCGAACCUGGUUCUUGAGGCUUACGUUUACAACAAAACCAGCAACAUAACGAAAUCUUGUCUUGGUAAGAUACGAAUCUUAGGAACUGCGUUUGUGCCCUACUCUGAAGCUUCCGGGUCGCAUUACCCUCUUGAGAAAGAGAAAUGGAGCCUCUUCUCUUUCGCAUCCACCAACAGAGGUGAAAUCGCUCUCAAGGUGUUUAUAACUGAUAACCCCUCCCUCAAGAUACCGAUUCUAAACCCUAAAAAUAAGGUUACGUCUAACACAAGGCAUAGAUUCCACAACAUCCCCGCGGCAGAUAAGACUGAACCUAACCUCCAAAGAACUCAGCAACCGUCUCAACCGCAAACGCCAUUUCCUCAACCGCCUCAACCGCAAACACUAUUUCCUCAACCGCAUACGCCAUCUCCUCAACAGCCACCAGUUAUCGAAACUGCCCCAUUUCAACCGGUCAGUUAUGGUUCUCCGGUACUUGGAGGAGGCCUACGAGCACGAACCACCACCGGUCACGAUCUUGUCGAGCCAAUGGAGUUUCUGUUCGUCAAGAUCGUGAAAGCUCGGAAUCUUCCGACCAUGGACCCGACAGGAAGUCUAGAUCCUUACGUAGAAGUCAAACUCGGAAACUUCACGGCGACAACGAAACACUUCGAGAAAAACAAGAAUCCCGUUUGGAACGAAGUCUUCGCUUUCACCAAAUCAGACCAACAAGCAAACUUUCUCGACGUCAUCAUCAUGGACAAAGACGUCAUCAAAGACGACUUCGUCGGUUCAAUCCGGUUUGAUCUCAAUGAGAUUCCGACACGUGUUGCAACAGACAGCUCGUUAGCUCCGGAGUGGUACAUAGUCAACCACGAGAGAGGAGGAGACAUUAUGCUGUCUGUUUGGUUUGGUACACAAGCCGACGAAGCGUUCUCAGACGCGACUUUCUCAAACGCUUUAAAUGCUCUAAACAAAUCGAGCGUGCGAUCUAAAGUCUAUCAUUCUCCGAGACUAUGGUAUCUCAGUGUUAACGUUAUCGAGGCACAAGACUUGGUAAUCGUAACAGAUCGGGCUCGGUUUCCAAAUCCUUACGUCAAAAUCAAGUUAGGUAACCAGAUGGUCCGAACCAAACCGAGUCCAUCGCUUAACCCGAAAUGGAACGAAGAGUUUACAUUUGUCGCAGCUGAACCGUUUGAAGAACUUGAAAUCUCUAUAAAAGACCGAGAGGAAACGCUUGGAACGGCUAAGAUACCGUUUGAUGAAAUCGAAAGACGGGUUGAUGAUAACCGGACAGUGCCUAACCGUUGGUUUAGUCUUGCGUUAGAGGGACAGAGGAGAGUCAGAUUUGCAACGACUAGGAUUCUUCUGAAUGUUUGUUUAGAAGGAGGCUACCACGUUCUUGAUGAGUCUACUUACAACAGCAGCGACUUCAGACCGUCGAUGAAGGAACUCUGGAACCGACAUGAGCCUUCGGUUGGUGUUCUUGAGUUAGGGAUAUUAGGAGCUGAAGGUUUGAGUCUGAGCCAAGAUGGGAAGAAAUAUACGGUUGAUGCUUACUGUGUGGCUAAGUAUGGGACCAAAUGGGCCAGGACACGGACCGUUAUGAACUGUAUAAGCCCACGGUUCAACGAGCAGUACACAUGGGAGGUUUAUGAGCCAGCAACUGUGAUAACAAUCGGUGUUUUCGACAACAAUGGGACUAAUGGUGGUAACAACAAAGAUGGGAAGAUUGGGAAAGUCAGAGUUAGAAUCUCAACUCUUGAAUCAGGAAGACUCUACACUCAUUCGUACCCUCUUCUUGUUCUUGGACCUUCAGGUGUCAAGAACAUGGGUGAACUACAUUUGGCGAUUCGGUUUACUUGUACAUCCAUGUUUCAGAUGCUUCUUCAUUACUGGAAACCGCUUCUUCCCAAGAUGCACUACAUUAGACCAUUGAAAGUAGUGCAGCAGGAGAUUCUCAGGCAGCACGCUGUUAACCUAGUGGCAGCUCGGUUAAGCAGAACCGAGCCGCCACUUAGGAAAGAAGUGAUUGAGUACAUAACCGAUUCGAACUCUCAUUUCUGGAGCACUAGGAAAAGCAGAGCGAAUCUCUACCGAUUAAGAUCGGUUUUCUCCGGUUUACUCGGAACCGGGGAAUGGUUUCAAGAUAUCUGCAUUUGGAAGAAACCAGUAGCGUCUAUAGCGGUUCAUGUAGUCUACUUAGCAUUUGUAUGUUUACCAGAGAUGAUUCUUCCAGUAAUAUCUCUUUGGUUGUUCAUGCUUGGAGUAUGGAACUACAGGUUGCGUCCGAGACAACCUCAACACAUGGACACAAGCCUCUCAUUUGCUGACAACAUUCACCCUGAAGAGCUCAACGAGGAGUUCGAUACGUUUCCAUUAUCUUCUCAAGACCCGGGGGUUGUUAAAAUUCGGUACGAGCGGUUGAGGAGUAUCGCUGGUAGAGCUCAGACGCUUGUGGGGGAUAUAGCAGGUCAAGGAGAGAGAGUUCAGGCUCUGUUAAGCUGGAGAGAUCCAAGAGCAACGUCCCUCUUCAUGGUGAUUUGUUUGGUUUCUUCUGUGGUUCUGUUUGUUGUGCCGUUUAAGGUUUUUGUUCUUCUAGGUGGAUUAUACAUCAUGAGACAUCCAAGAUUCAGGAGAAAGACACCUCCUGGUCUGGUUAACUUCUUUAGAAGACUUCCUGCUAAAACAGACUGUAUGUUGUAG